ACUGUUGAUGAUCGCUUAGGUGGCGGAAAAAUGAAACUUGAUGAUAUGCUGAGAAACGGUAAUGGAGUUGGAAAUGGUAUGAUGAUGGUCCCACUUAUGCCUGAUGCAGUUUCCGGUCCAGGUAACAACCGAAUUAUUGGUGGAACAGGAACCAUGCCAACUGUACCUGGAAUGCCGACAAUGCCAACACAACCUGGAAUGCCUCAGAUGCCAACAGUACCAGGAAUGGCCGUCCAUGGCCCAGACUGUUAUCAAAACGGUAAUGGCGGUGGUAUGCCAAAUGGCGGCGGUAUGCCAAAUGGCGGCGGUAUGCCAAAUGGUGGCGGUAUGCCAAAUGGCGGCGGUAUGCCAAAUGGUGGCGGUAUGCCAAAUGGAGGUGGUAUGCCAAACUCAAAGGGACGAUCAGGAAAAAGUGGAAGUUAUUAGAAAUGGAAGUAGCUUAGCUUUUUUAAAAAUACGUUUUGGAUGACCGCACGAGAUAUCCACGUGAUGUUGUAAAAAUCCAAUGUAGCUGAGUAUUCCAGUGUCUGACAGAUCAUUGUCUUGUCUUUUCGUGUUGUAUUUAUUUCUUUUGAUGCAUAAAUAAAUUUUCAAUGACAUUAA